CGCCACCCCGUCGAGGGCCCUCCCUGCUCGGAGCCGCUCCGGAGAGGAAAGGGUGCGCCCGGGACGCGAGGCGGGGCCGCGCGGCGGAGUUUAUAAUGCCUCUCCGACGGGGCGGCAGCGAGUGGGAGCGAGCGCGCAGCCUGCUGACAGUCCGCAGCGAUGGGAGGCAAGAAAGUUUGCAUCGUGGGCUCCGGCAACUGGUGCGUGGGCGGAGGGGGGGCGCGUGGGGGGGGGGGAGGCAGCGCUGUUGCAGCUGCGGGGGAGGCGCUGCAAGUUAGGACACUCGCGGCUCAGGUUAGGACCCUCAAGUUAAGACACUCGCGGCUCAGGUUAGGACCCUCAAGUUAGGACACUCGCGGCUCGCGCGCACCGAGCCUCCUUUGCACGACGGCAGCGCGUCUUCGCUUGACCCUCUUGCAUGCCAGCCCAGCCGAGCGGGGUCGUUUCUUUGCUUUUUUUCGGGGGACGCGACUGAAAGCUGACUCCUGUUGCUCAUUGUGAUGUGUGGGGCUCUCGACUUCUGCCCCCGCCCCGCCCUGUCCAGUGCCCGCCAGGACUGAAGGUGGUAGUGAGAGGGGUGGAGGCUAUUGCUUUGCCCGGUUUAGGGAAGUUUUUAAUAUUUAAGGUUGUAUUGUUUUUAACACUUGAUUGGAAGCCGCCCAGAGUGGCUGGGGAAACUCAGCCGAAUGGGUGGGGUAUAAAGAAUAAAUUAUUAUUAUUAUUUUUAUUAUUAUUAGUUUUUAAAAAACAAGCCGCUUAAAGCGAGCGCUGCCCUCGAUCGCUCAGCAACUUGAACCAUAGGAGCCAACACCUGGGGGCCGAAGUCCCUUCAGGCCCCGCAAUAAAAUAUUUGAGGGGACGCGCAACCCCCCCCCCCCAGUUGAUGAGCAUUGCCAUUCAAAUAGUGUGUCGUGCUAUGUGAUCGAUUGCCAUUCAAAUAGUGUGUCGUGUUAUGCGAUUGAUGAUGUGGGAUGGGGCUUACCUGGUCUCUCCACCCCAAUAUUUUAUUCAAGUUGGCACCCCCAACGUGGGGCUCACAACCCCGAGAUGAAGCGUCUCCUGCUGUGCCGUCUGAGCUAUCCUAAGUUCGUUGCGUCCUUAACCUUCGGGUUAAUAAAUGGCGGGGGUAGGAACAGGUGCCAGUCAGAUUCGCUUUCCCUCUGGUGAGACUUUCUGCCAUUUCGUGGUUUGCUUGCCAGGGGUGCAGAGGGAGAGGGAAGGAGCCCCCUAGCGCUCGAGGAGAGAGCGCCCCUCACUUGAGUCUAUUUCUGGAGCCUCUUGUUAGUAUCACUCUCUCGAAAAGAAGCUCUGUGCGCUGGGAGGCAAUGCCUUCGUGGCUCUGCUUGUCCUGCCGCUGCUCUUAUUAUUAUUAUUAUUACUACCCUCCAGGAUACUGUAUGUCAGAGACUAGUCCCGGAACUGGCUUUCAGUGCUAAAGCUUGACUGUGCAACAUAGGAAUACUUGCAUGUAUCUUUUGGAGCAUAUGCAGAGCGCAUAUUUGGACAUGCGCUGGAGGGUUACGACGCAGUGACCUCAGUGCAUUUCCUCGACACAUCAGGAGCAAGGUGGGAAAGCUUCCAGCUUGAAGAGUUGGAACUCUAUAAGCCAAGAGCAAGUCUCUCCAUGGGCACCUAUGUUUGCAUAUGUACGGGUUCUAGUUAUAAUAAGCAAUCUUGUUUAAAUUCUUCUCUCUCCUAAGCACAAGUGAAAGCCUAUAAUGCUAAUGUGAGAGAUUUCUACCUGUUUGUGCAUUUGGAGAUGCAUGUUUGUAGGUCAGACUUUGCCAACGCAGUGUUCUUCCUAGGUUUUGGACUACAAAUCCCAUCAUCCACAGCUUGAUGGCUAUGGCUGAUGGGAUUUGUAGUCCAAAACAUCUGAAUGGUCCUAGGUUGGCAAAGGUUGGUCUAGACUCUUGGUUUCUUACUAUUAUAAUUUAGCUGACUGGCGUCUUUAGAUAUAUAAAUGGCUACAUUACAUGAACGGUGUGAUAGUACACUGAAGAAUUGCACACCUCCUUGGAAAGAGGGGGAGGAACCAAGCUUCUCUAAAGAGGCCUUUAAGCGUGUAAUGCACAUAGAUUCAGGAAAGUACUAGUUCACAUAACACACACCUAAGUUGCUGCAACAGGGUGUGGUGAUAGCCAGAAGCUCAAAGGGGGAUUAGAGAAAUCCAUGGGGGAGCUAUCCAUGCCUAUUAGUCAUUAGGCAAUAUACCAGAAACUGGUGUGUUCGAGCAGUAAAGAGUUAUUGCAUUCACGACAAAUUUAAAACACUUAAUUGAUGCUACAAAAAAACCCCAGCAUAAAAUACGGUAUAAAGCGUAAAUAACAAUAAAAUCAAAAAUCAAUUUAGGGGGUUUGACUUUAUGGGGUUCUUCUAUCUCAAUACUUUGGAAAGCAAAUGCCUAAGAAGAGUGAUGCUGGAACAGACCAAAGGCCUGUCCAGUCCAGCUUUGUGCUUCAAACCCUAGCCAAACACAUACAGGGAACCCAAGAGACCUCACCCCACUUUCGUUCCCCAGCAGCUGCCGUUCAGCGUCACAUCACAGCCGUUAUGGCUUUUAAUCCUCUUUUAAAAGCUUCCAAUUUGGUGAGCGUCACUAAAUCUUGUGCUAGUGAAUUCCAUAGUCCCAAUUAUGCACUGCUUCCAUUUCUAUUUCUUCACAAUUCCCCUCCCCCCCAAAUCAUAUAUUCUGAUCCCAUCCCAUCCCAUCCUGGUGCCUAGCUAGAAUUUAAACAGAAGAAUAGGGGGGAUUCUUGGGAUGCGGGUGGCACUGUGGGUUAAACCACAGAGCCUAGGACUUGCUGAUCAGAAGGUCGGCAGUUCAAAUCCCUGCAACGUGGUGAGCUCCGGUUGCUUGGUCCCUGCUGCUGCCAACCUAGCAGUUCGAAAGCACCUCAAAGUGCAAGUAGAUAAAUAGGUACUCCGGCGGGAAGGUAAACGGCAUUUCCGUGCACUGCUCUGGUUCGCCAGAAGCGGCUUAGUCAUGCUGGCCACAUGACCCGGAAGCUGUACGCCGGCUCCCUCGGCCAGUAAAGCGAGAUGAGCGCCGCAAUCCCAGAGUCGGCCACGACUGGACCUAAUGGUCAGGGGUCCCUUUACAUUUAAGGGGGAUUCCACAGCACACUCUGUAAUCCAAACUAUCAAGCCGGCUGGGAACUUGAGGCCAACCCUCCCCAAGAACUUUGCCACUUUUGGUAGCUGGUUUCCAAGGGGAUUCUAUUAACUUGGAGGCCACCAUUGGCUUGUGAGAGGAGGCAGCUAACAGUAGUAGGACUUCUGGAAGGUGGAUACUAACCUUGGCAUCCAUCCCCAAGUAUUUUUUUCUUUCUGCAACUGGGUGAACAGGAGCCUUCCAAAUGCUUGCGUUACAAACCUCUGUUGCAAACGUAAUGACUUGAGCAUUGCAGAUUUGUCUUUUGUGUGUUGUCCUUUGGGGACCAGGGUUGGAAAUGUUAUGGAAGAUUUGGAGGGGCACCAAGUUUUGUGAACAACAGUGACUGAGGUGUGUGAGCCAGUUGGUGGCUGUAGCAGGGCCUUUCCUAUAGUCUGGCAGUGCCAUGUUAGAGAAGCCAUAAGGAACUGGUUUGCAGGCGAAACCUCUUUAGCUGAUUGAAAUAUACUCGGAGUCAAGAGUGGAUUUCAUGCUCUUUAUUCAGCUCAUAGUGGUGAGGAGGAAUGGAAGUUCCCCCAGAAUGUCUGCUUUAUAUACAUUAUUUACACGGGAUUGGCUAAUUCCGGGAUUCACCUGUAGGCCAAUCAGGUGGCAGAUUCACUUCCACCUGGAGCGUGAUUGGGUGGCUCCUGUGGACCAACCAGACUGCUGCAUUCUGGACCCUAUUGUUCCAGGACCAAUCAGACUGCUACAUUCUGAAUCCUAUUGUACUAGGACCAAUCAGACUGCUGCAUUCUGAAUCCUAUUGUUAUAGGACCAAUCAGACUGCUGCCUUUUGCAUCCUAUUCAACUCAGUACAUAACACCGAUGGUCGCACUUGGCGGUGGGUUGCUACUGAUGGGUCAGCUGCAGUGGGGUUGACCCAGGACAUUAUCCAUUUGGGCCACACCAUUUGGGUUCCCGCCCUGUGGAACGCCCUCCCAUCAGAUGUCAAGAAAUAAAAGAACUACAGUCGUAUCUUGGUUCUUGAAUGCCCUGGUACUCGUACGUUUUGGCUCCUGAACACCGCAAACCCGGAAGUAAGUAUUCCGGUUUGCACACGUUUUUUGGAAGCCGAAUAUCCAACACAGCUUCCGCUUGACUGCAAGAAGCUCCUGCAGCCAAGCAGAAUCCGCAUCUUGGUUUUUGAAUGGUUUCGAGAGCCAAACCGACUCCCGGAACGGAUUAAGUUUGAGAACCAAGGUACGACUGUCUCUGACUUUUAGAAGACAUCUGAAGGCAACCCUGUUGAGUGUUUGAUGUUUUAUCGUGUUUUUAAUAUUCUGUUGAGAGCUGUCCAGAGUGGCUGAGGAAACCCAGACAGAUGGGUGGGGUAUAAAUAAAUUAUUAUUAUUAUUAUUUGGGUUGUGAUGAGGGUGAAGACACUCACUGGGUGAUCAGUUGUAGGCUUGUUCCUGGGUGAGAUGCUGGAAGGGGGAAUGUGUGCUAAUACAGAAUCCAAGUGCGCAGUGGAAAAUUGGGGAGCUGUGGCGAGAGCAUGAAUGCAGUUCAUGAAUUCAUACUCAGUGUGUUUGGUGGAUGAUUUUGUUGAUUCAUGCUGCUGGAUGUAUUUGUCCUAUCAUUCUUUUGUAUUUAUAUGCUCUUUGCUGCUUUGGGAGCCUUUGGGCAGUGUACAAAUGAAAUAACCUGGUACAGAGAUAGGACUUUCAACUGCUGAUGGUUGCACUCUUUCUCAGCCUUGCAUACACACACACUCUCUCUCUCCUCCCCCUGCAGGGGUUCGGCUAUUGCCAAGAUUGUGGGCAGCAAUGCAGCCAAGCUGGACAAGUUUGACACCACAGUCAACAUGUGGGUGUUUGAGGAGGAAAUUGGUGGCAAGAAACUCACGGAGAUCAUCAACACACAGCACGAGAAUGUCAAGUACUUGCCAGGCCACAAGCUGCCCCCCAAUGUGGUGAGUUCAGAAGCCGGGUGGGGGGGAGGAGAGAGAAGGGAAGCAAUGUGUGGGCAGCAUGGCAGCUGUAUUCCAGGCUGGGGCCAAUGUGUCACUUGCCUCUCUGUGCUUGCAAGUCAGCUUAGAGCCUUUCAAAGGGUCAAAAACAGCCUCAAGGUAUUAAUAAUAAUAAUAAUAAUAAUUUAUUAUUUAUACCCUGCCCAUCUGGCUGGGUUUCCCCAGCCACUCUGAGCGGCUUCCAACCGAAUGUUAAAAACAAUACAGCAUCAGACAUUAAAAACUUCCCUAAACAGAGCCGCCUUCAGUUGUCUUUUAAAAGUAAAAUAGUUGUUUAUUGCCUUGACAUCUGCUGGGAGGGCAUUCCACAGGGCAGGAGCCACUGCCGAGAAAGCCCUCUGCCUGGUUCCCUGUAACUUCACUUCUCGCAGUGAGGGAACCACCAGAAGGCCCUCAGAGCUGGACCUCAGUGUCUGGGCUGAACGAUGGGGGUGGAGAUGCUCCUUCAGGUAUACUGGGCCGAGGCCGUUUAGGGCUUUAAAUUUUAAACACUUUGAAUUGUGCUCAGAAACGUACUUGGGUGCCUGUUGCAGAAAAUCCAAGAAGCAUCAACCGUGGGGAUCCAGAAAUGUAAGAAACCGAACAAAGCACAUUUUCCCAUCCUUUAAUGGCACCUCCAUAUUUGCCUCGAGUUGUGUUCAAACCCAAAAUUUCAAGCACGUGUGCCACUAAGAUUUCUGGGAACUGUAGUUUCCCCCCUCACAUACCUAUACUUCUCAGAAACCUUAAAAAAUGACAGGAUUCUUUGAGUAAUUAAAGAAAUGCACUUUAAAUAUAAGGUGUGCAUGCAUCUGUAGCUCAGAGGAAGCCCCGGCAGCAAAAAAGAUCCCCCCCUUGAUAUUUGUCCUGAAUUUGCAUUUACACAUACAAAUUAGCAUAUGCACAUAAAUAUAUUCCAUAGACUUGUGCCAAGAAAUGUGUACCUAGCAAUGUCCCUGAGUGUGACAAUGGGAAGUAUUUGUCAAUGCGUUGCAGUACAUGUAUCUAGGCUAGGCCAAGAUAAAUUAUGGGAUUCCCAAUAGCUGAAGUUGGUCUCUUGUUGGGGGAGUGAAGUGGACUUAAGCUAAACUAACUCCCAUUGGUUUCAAGAGGAGAGGAAAGCAAGUGUUCAAAUAUAUCCUGUUUUAGAAUUUCUGAGGACUUGAGACGCGCUUAAGAUUUGGCUGGAACACGCUGAAUGUUGAGAAUCUCGCUUAUUCCCUCCCACAUAACUUUGAACAAAGGAGUCUUUUGUUGGAGCAUUUCAUGCUUUCUGACUUCUUGAAAACUUGCACCAACUUCAUCACCUGAAAAUGUACAGUGCAGGAUACACAUUGAAAGGUUAUAGGGGGACGUGGGGAGGAAGAAUCACAUGUCAAAUGUGGCUCAGAAAUAACAAUGGCAGAGGCAGUUGGUUUUAAAAGGGGCAACUUUCUGAAGUACCUGUUGGAGAAGCAGUUUGUAAGCAGGAAAACGUGCACUGCUGUUGUCCAAAGCGAAGUCCUCUCCAUCUGCUAAUAGGCUGGCCAGUUUUUAACCUCCCUCUUGAGGAUGAACAAGAUGCAGAUUAGGCUUCUUCCUAUUGGAGGGGAGCUUUGAGCAGGAGGUGGCGCUGUGGGUUGAACCACAGAGCCUAGGGAUUGCCGAUCAGAAGGUCGGCGGUUCGAAUCCCUGCGACAGGUUGAGCUCCCGUUGCUCAGUCCCAGCUCCUGCCAACCUAGCAGUUCGAAAGCACGUCAAAGUGCAAGUAGAUAAAUAGGUGCUGCUCUGGCGGGAAGGUAAACGGCGUUUCCGUGCGCUGCUCUGGUUCGCCAGAAGUGGCUUAGUCAUGCUGGCCACAUGACCCGGAAGCUGUACACCGGUUCCCUCGGCCAAUAAAGCAAGAUGAGCGCCGCAACCCCAGAGUCAGUUACGACUGGACCUCAGGGGUCCCUUUACCUUUACCUAAGCAUUCAAACAUGAAAUCCACAGUCAGCAGUGUGACUGGUCACUGUUUGGGAAGGACCUGUGUCUUUUGAGCUAUCUCCAAUUUUCCCUUUUGGUCUCCCGGUGCUAGCCAAAGCCAAAUUCCCAAUUGAAUGAGACUCCAUUCCUGUUUCAUCAGCUUUCUACUGGGAUACUUUAGCAUAUGUGUCGUGUGCUUAACAUAGUUACAUGCUCCAAACCCUAGCCAGUGGUAGGAGGGAAAUGGCAUUGCUUUUAGGAAGUCAAACCCACUGCCAUACUCUGCAUGUAAUUCAAAGAACAAAUAGUUCCCGAUUCUGACUGUGGGACUGAUGUGUGGAUUCGCUGAUUCCAAAUGUGCUGUUUCAGGAACACUUGAAAUUCAUCUGUAGGUAUGCAACAGCUUCUGGAGAAGUUCUUAGCAAACAAACAAGGUGGCCAAUAAAGGUACAUCUCAGAGAGUUGCUUCUCCCAUAUAUAUCACCCCCAGACAAGUUAGAUCUUCUGAUGGAAUCCUGCUGCUCCAAAACCAUCUCAUGUGCAGGGCCUUUUCAGUCGUGGUUCCAAAGUAGAUCUGAGAGAUCUACACAGCCGCCUCUCUGCUGCCGUUUUUCUGCACGAGUUUUUAUUUCUGAUUGCCUUUGCUAACCAUUGAUUAAGUUCUGUUGACCAGCUACCACUGCUUUAGUUCAUACCACUUUAUUUUAGCCACUGUUUUGUUGUUUAUCUGGUUUUAUUUUGUGUGUGUAUCCUCCUGCUAUUUUGGUGACCUUUUAAUUUUGCUGUAAAAGCAAAUCGUAUAACCUUUUUGGGUGAGCUAUGGUAUACAGAUUACUAUCAACUGACAAUGGAUUAUUUGUGUCAAGCCUGGAAGGGUCUUCAAGGCCCAUUUAGCAGAUUUCCCUGGGCCUCCUUCCUCCUGUCAGACCCAGAGGAGCACAGCAGGGUUGGCUUGCGCCUCUUCCAGGAGAAUGAAGAUCAAGGAACAAGUUGCCUUGGCAACAAAAGUAAUAAAUAACCUUCUCUCUGCCUGCUAACAUUUCUCAGUGCUAACAGAGUGUCAAAAAGCCCACUCAAUAAAAACACAUGCUGGGAGAUGGCAGAGGGAUUAGAUGUUACACUAGGCAAGUCUUGUUCAUUGAGCACAGGGUUCAAAUGCCUUUUAUGUUGUUUUUUAAUAAUAUCUUCCCCAUGCCCCCCUCCCUCUCCAAUACUUAGCUGGUGGCGCUGUGGUCUAAACCACUGAGCCUCUUGGGCUUGCCGAUCAGAAGGGUGGCAAUUUGAAUCCCCGCAACGGAUGAGCUCCCGUUGCUCUGUCCCAUCUCCUGCCAACCUAGCAGUUCGAAAGCACACCAGUGCAAGUAGAUAAAUAGGUACCUCUGUGGAGGGAAGGUAAACGGCAUUUCUGUGCUCUCUGGCUUUUGUCACGGAGUCCCGUUGUGCCAGAAGCAGUUUAGUCAUGCUGGCCACAUGACCCAGAAAGCUGUCUGUGGACAAAUGCCAGCUCCCUCAGCUUGAAAAGCUAGAUGAGCGCUGCAACCCGUUGCCUUUGACUGAACUUAACCGUCCAGGGGUCCUUUAGUGUACACACACACACACACACACACACACACACACGUAUCUCUGCUUAAAUCAGGUGUGAGGAGCUUCAGGUGCUCCAGAUGUUGCUGAACUUCAUCUCCCACCAGCCCCAGCAGUUGCCAAUCUUCUUUGGUUGGGACGUUGGUCAUUUUCCAUUUUCGGGCUAACAAAACAUGGGCCACAGUUGUUGCAUACAUAAAUAACUUUUCCUGAAACCUGAGGAUUUCAGUCUGAAUUAUCCUCAACAGAAAGGACUCUGGUUUCUCAACCAAAGAAGGUCCCAACCAAAGAAGAUUGGAAAUUUAAGUUGACAGAAUAUGCACAACUUGCAGACUUAACAUAUAUAAGAAGAGAACAAGAAGAACAUUUAGAGAAGAUUGGAAAAUGUUUGUGGAAUGUAUGGAAAAUAAUCGUGUCCACUGAAAACGCUGGCAGCAUUAAGAUAACAUCAACAGUGUGAAUAAGCUGAUGCAAUAAUGGAUUACUUAAUGGUAUAGUUUUUGUAAACUAUGCAGGGAUUUAUGAUAUGGAACCAUGGAAAGAGAAGGGAAGUCACUGAUAUCUUAAGGAUGUAAAAUGAGUAUUUUAAAUUGUAAAACAGAAAAUUUUAAUAUAUAUAGAGAGAGAGGACUCUGGGUUUUUUGGGAAACUAAUUUAUGCAAACAUUCAGCUUUCUUCAAAGGCAUUUGGUUACCCUAGUGCAGAAUUUCCUAGGGUUUGUUGAGCAUGUGUGUCUUAUAAGAGCUGCAAACCUUUCUUCCACCACCAUCACCCUUCCUUGCUCUCACUGAUCCUGCUCCCUUGAGCUGCCUAGACUUGUUGUUGAUGCCUUUCUUUUCUCCAACCCGCCCCCAAUUGCUGCAGGUGGCAGUGCCAGAUGUGGUGAAGGCUUCAGCUGAUGCAGACAUCCUUAUCUUUGUAGUGCCGCAUCAAUUUAUUGGGAAGCUCUGUGACCAACUGAAAGGCCAUAUCAAGAAGGAUGCGAUUGGGGUCUCGCUCAUCAAGGUGUGAGUUGGAACUAAGGGUUGGGCUGCUCCGAGCAGCUGCAAGGUGGGGCAACCAUCCUAGGAACUAACUGGGGCGGGUUGCAUGAGUUUCCUUAGAUGAGCUGAGAGGCAAUUGGGUGCAUCUGUUGUGUGAGAAGGAUAAACACACACAGAACGGGCUCAAGAAAAGCCUGUGGGAGAGUGGGGAACACCCACAUGGGACACAAUUCCCUAUGCUUAAUCAAUGACUGUGAUUUAUUGAGAGAGCAUAUAAUGGAUUAUAGCAUUGCAGCAAGCUUAGUCUUCCCUGUUGAGGCUCCUGGAAGUAUUCUUUGACUCUUGUGGUAUCUUCAAAGCUUCAGGCAAAUACCAAGUUCUUGGGUUGAGGACUUAUUAUUUAAUACUCACAUAUGGAAAGGAGGAUCAGCAGCCCGUGAGCCAAUUUUGCUGCUCCCAACACCCAAAAUUACUGUAGCAGUUGUAGGCAUAUUGUAUGCUGCCUUUUCCCCAGACUGGGAUGCAAGGCAGCUUAUAUAGAUAAAAUUUGUUGUUUAGUUGUCGUAGUUGUGUUUGUCUCUCCAUGACCCCAUGAACCAGAGCAUGCCUUGGAAACUCUCACUUCUCAAAGCUGCUCAUUUUUUAUGUCCAGGGAGUUUUCUUGACAAAAUACUGGAGUGGUUUGCCAGUUUGUUCUCCAGGUGGAUCACAUUUAGUCUAAACUCUUGGCUAUGAACUGCCUGUCUUGGGUGGCCCUGCACGGCAUAGCUCAUAGCUUCUCUGAGUUAUUCAAGCCCCUUUGCCACGACAAAUCAGUGAUCCAUGAAGGGGAUAGAUAAAAUAGAAACAGCCAAAAACAUAGGAAAAACUCUAUCGUUAGAAAGCAAUUAAACACACAAAUAUACACAAUAUAUAUAUGAGUUUAAUUACAAUAAAAACAUCAUAGCACCAAGAGUUUGGAUUUGACAUCCCGCUUUAUCACUACUCUAAGGAGUCUCAAAGCGGCUAACAAUCUCCUUUCCCUUCCUCCCCCACAACAAACACUCUGUGAGGUGAGUGAGGCUGAGAGACUUCAAAGAAGUGUAACUAGCUGAAGGUCACUCAGCAACUGCAUGUGAAGAAGCGGGGAAACGAACCCAGUUCACCAGAUUACGAGUGCACUUCUCUUAACCAUUACACCACGUUGGCUCUACACCACACUGGCUCUACCAGCCUUUUCCUUAAAAAUAGUCAGUUCCCCAAAGCCUGUUGCAUCAAGAAAGUCCAACAGCAAGGAGGGAGCCAGUCCAUUUUCUCUAGGAAGGGUGUUCCAAAGUCUGGGAGCAGCCACCGCUAGACACAACAUCUACUGUAUGCUGUUGCAUCUCUUUGGGGGAUAAGGAUGCUCUCAGAAGGACUACGGGCUACUUGAGGGAUCUCAGCAAAGAGCUACCCCACUGACCACGUCAUGUUCUGUUGAAUCCCAGGGUGUGGAUGAAGGACCCGAUGGUCUGAAGCUGAUAUCGGACAUCAUCCGCGAGCAGCUUGGCAUCGAAAUGAGUGUGCUUAUGGGGGCCAACAUCGCCAAUGAGGUGGCCGACGAGAAGUUCUGCGAGACCACCAUUGGUAAAUGAGUUUGAGUUUAUUCCUACAGCUAGCUGGGCGGUGAGAAUCUCUCCAAGUGGGCUGCUCAUGUCAAGGUCUUCUGUCCCUCCUUACCUUACCAGUGCCACCACUAGAUGUCUUGGGCCUACUGAAGCUUGUGUCCAAGAGCAGCUCCACAAUAGUACAUUACAGGCUUUGGUUUAUCAAAUAUAGACAAGGAAUAGGGAACGUGUGAGCACUUCAGACGCUGCAGAUGACAACUCCCAUCACCCCCUGGCCAUCGGCCAUGACAGCUGAGCCUGGUGGGAGUUGGGAGCUCAGCAACAUUUGGAGGGCCACAAGUUCCCCAUCUCUGGCAUAGAUGGUAUGAUUUUGCCACAUCUCACCUUGGACACAAGGGACAUCAUUUUAAACCCACUACAGCAUGUGAGGAAACCAGUGUGGCUCCUCUGUCCGAUUUGCUCUCUACUAUUGCUGCCAUCCAGCUUUCUCCCUUGCCUGCAGUGGCCCAUGGGGAUCCAGGUAUGACCCACAGCAAGUGGAAAGGACUUGGAAGGGAACACAGAGAGCCCUGGCGUCUCUCCCUUGCUGUAUGUCAGAUCUGUGUCAUCUUAACAACACUGCAGGGGUUUCGGAAGGGUCUGAAAAGGUUGUCUUUUUAUAUGAGCCUUCCAGCUGUGAGAUUGUUUUAUUCACUAGAUUGUUCUGUUUUUUGCUGACUUACAUUGUUCACCCAUUGUAGGGUGGUGGUGGUUUUUUAAAAAGUUGUAAGGAGCUUUGAUUCAGUUUGCUUAAAUAUAUCACACUGAUUAGGUUAAAAUACAUCACAUCACUUAAGGAAUUAAUCAAGUUAACUACAUAUCCAGAGCAAAGGGUGUCCUUGAAACACCUGCAUGCAUAUUCCUGAAGGGGUUAAGCCUUCUUGAGCUGUGGAUCCAACACAUGAAUGUGGAUGUUGAAGGAAGCACAUUGGUUGUAUUGGCUUCACACAACAGCGGCAGGGAAACACGGAAGAACCUUAGCAAGUGCAACCGUGUAAAAGUGCAGAGCUGCUCUUGGCCAUCGCUAGGGGUAACUGUAAUGGCCCACUGCCCUGUUACUCUUGGUUGGAUCCAGUAGGGGGAGCAGCACAAAGAGGAUGAUUCUUCUUCCUCUUUGGCGAUCACUCAUAGCCGAGUAAGAUUGUCUUCCAUGGGCAGCCAAUUUUCAGAAGGACAGUCCACAAGGCAUUAAAGGGCAGAGAGGAUGUGGAGAUACAUCAACAGGAAAAUUGGUCUUGGGCGCUUUAUUAUACUACAUAAAGGAACAUACAAAGCUCCAGGAUAGAGUAUUUGCCCCUCUAGCCCAGUAUUGUCUACUCCCCGUUGGCAGGGGCUGUCCAGGGGUCUCGAGCAAAGAUGGAUCUUUCCUGUCACCUGUUGUUGUUGUUGUUGUUUAGUUGUGUCCGACUCUUCGUGACCCCAUGGACCAGAGCACGCCAGGCACUUCUGUCUUCCACUGCCUCCCGCAGUUUAGUCAAACUCAUGCUGGUAGCUUCGAAAACACUAUCCAACCAUCUCGUCCUCUGUCGUCCCCUUCUCCUUGUGCCCUCCAUCUUUCCCAACAUCAGGGUCUUUUCCAGGGAGUCUUCUCUUCUCAUGAGGUGGCCAAAGUAUUGGAGCCUCAGCUUCAGGAUCUGUCCUUCCAGUGAGCACUCAGGGCUGAUCUCCUUAAGAAUGGAUAGGUUUGAUCUUCUUGCAGUCCACGGGACUCUCAAGAGUCUCCUCCAGCACCAUAAUUCAAAAGCAUCAAUUCUUCGGCGAUCACCUCUUAACCUGAUCAAUUUUAACUGGAGGUGGCAAGGACUGAAUGCUAUGCAAAACAUGUGGUCUUCUGCUGAGCUACAGUCUCUCCCUGCAGAGAAGAGGAAAGAAGAGUAUCUGAUUUGUUAAUAAGUUCCAGGUUCUUCAGAGAGCAACUGGAACAAGCUCUAUUCACCUCCAGACACCUUCAGUGCAGCCCCCUCCCCGGCCAGAGUUUCCCAGAUUUGUCAUAUUAUUUGUUAAUUACGGUUACAAAUGCCCCUUCUGUUGAACCACUGCAGCAUUAUAAAGCAUGGAACCCUUCUUUUGGAGCCCCCCCCCACCCUUAUACUUGAGCCUGAUAAUUAUACUUCUAAUUUUGAUAACCCUGGGGAAGGGAAAAAUGAGGGAUCCAUUGGUUGCCAUGCAGGUGGGGAGAGUGGAGGCAUCAUUUCCUCUGGCAAGCAGAAAUGCUUCCACUGUUGGAAGCAUCAGAAGAGUGAGAUGUCCAAUUCCUCCCUUGGGCUUCAGAGAGGCAAGGAGCAAGGCGGUGUCUAUUUAUGCCCAUGUCUUACCUCUUUGUAGGUUGCAAGAACCUAGAGCACGGACAGAUCCUGAAGGAGCUGAUGCAGACGCCGUGUUUCCGAAUCAGUGUGGUGCAAGAAUCGGACACCGUAGAAAUCUGCGGUGCCCUCAAGGUGUGGGAAUAACCAGGCUACCAGCGGUUUGGCAGCUUCCGCAUGGGGUGUGGCUUGCUGCCAAGGGAGGUCUCUGCUGGCACGAUGGCAUUGCACAGAAGAAUGGGAGACCUGUGGCCUUCCAGAUGUUGUUGGGUUCCCAACUCCCGCGAGCCCCAGCCAUCAUGGUCAACUAUUAGGUAUCAUGGGAUCUGUAGUCCAGCAACAUCUUGAGGGCCUCAGAUUCCCCACACCUGGCCUAAAGCUUCUGUUGACCUCCCAAGUACAUACAUACAUACAUACAUGCCCACAGAGUCUGUACAACUAUAGAUGUAAAGUUAUGACUGUUUGGGAAGCCAUGCUGCCUCACCAGGGAGCUGGAGCAGGUGGGGGACUUGAUGGGAACUUCUCCAAUGAAAUGCCCUUUACAUUAUAUGCUUGCUGGAGAGAGGUGGUUUCUAGAGAACCCAUCUCUGAUGCCAUCCUUUCAUGGGAGCCAUCAUUUGUAGCCCUGCUUAGAAGACCAAAGGUUGAUCUAUCUACUCCCUGCCUUAAAUAAUUGCAAGGCUAGCGCCAGCCAGAGCCUUUUUGGUUAUCAACCUAUGUUCUUCCUCCUUAGAACAUUGUGGCUGUUGGGGCUGGUUUCUGCGACGGGUUGGGCUUUGGAGACAACACCAAGGCAGCGGUAAUCCGCCUGGGCCUGAUGGAGAUGAUCGACUUUGCCAAAAUCUUCUGCAAGGGCUCCGUCAGUUCUGCCACGUUCCUGGAGAGCUGUGGGGUUGCCGACCUCAUCACCACCUGCUAUGGGGGCCGUAACCGAAAAGUGGCAGAGGCUUUUGCCAAGACCGGCAAGGUAAGUAAGCAUUUGCAUAGGGCUCUUUUUAAGGUUGUCAAAUAUCUCUCAAGGAAAACUCUUACUGUAGUGCAAUAAGACAGUAUUUCGCAAAGCUUUUAAAAUCCCACUUUAUGCAGUGCAUAGAGUGCUUCAAACAUCGGUAAUUCAAAAUUCUGUAAGGGAGGCCAGUAUUAUUUUUCUAUAUUCAAUCCGCUUUUUUUGACACAAAAAGGUGCCAGAACACACCUCCCUCAGAAGACACACUCCAGAGCCCAAAGAGCAUCUCUUCUCCUUGUUAUCCAGAAGCUUGUUGAGGGGAUGCUCAGGUUGAGGUGAGGGGAGCCUUCUGUGCUUCAGCUAAGCACCUUAAAGCGCUCCCCACAAGCACCCCUCUAGCUUGUGUGACUUGCAGCAGCUUGGGGGCUUGCUCAGGUGAGGUGCAACUUUCCCAAACGUCAGCUGUUAGGUGGGAGGCUGAAAAGCUUCAACAAAGCCAAAGGAAUGUGACCUGUUCUAGCCUGGCAAAGAGAGGUGACCAAUCACCUCUCUUAUGAUGAUGAUGGUGGUGGUGGUGGUUUAUUUAUUGCUUUAAUGCCAAAAUAGUCUUCUAAUCAGUUUGCAAUGAUGAGACACCAAUCACACACGCAUUAAAAUACAAACAUCCAUCAUUAAAAUGUACAAUGAAACAAUCCUAUUGAAAGGUACAUGGGGAAAUGGUUUUGGAAACCGAAGAGCUAUUCGAUUCCAGGCAGCUGCUAUGAGAGCAACAGCCACACAGUUCCCAGCCAAUGGCUUCCAGGGGGUAAUUCUAGCCAGAGUGCAGUGAAGACUCCUAUCCUUGUCUUCAAAUUCGAGUUGGGCAUUAAAGAGAGAGAGAGAAAAAAACAGUUGGGUUUGCACAAAAUAUCCACAUCCCUUGCCAAGGACAUUUGACUUCAAUAUUUGUUGCAAUGCUUGAUUUGAUGUCAACACCGGGUAUUUCACAAAAUUUGGGAAGCGGCAGCAAUCGAGAUCUGCAGGGUGACUGCAGGGAAGGAAAGGUGGACUAGCAAAGCUUGACACCAGGGCAGGCCUGAUGGUGCAGAUGCUUUCCUGGGGCAACAGUAUUUUAGGAACAUAGUAAAGCAACAUCUAAGAGGCAAGCUGCAGGAUUCCUUGCAGUGGAUGGCAGGAAGCUACUUGCAUAUUGUGUGUAGAGGAGAGGUUUGGUUUAGGCUGGCCUUGUUCGAUACUGUCACCUCUCUACAGCUAGGCAUACUGGCCUGGCCAGUAUCAGAGUUGUUUUUAAACAACAACAACAAUCAAGCAAUAUAUAAAUUUCAGGAAAUAAUAAAUAAAUAUGAUGUUUUCAUCUCCAGCAGGGAUAUCUUACACAUUCUUAGAACAUUUAAACUGGCUUUGUACUUCAGCCGCUGCCAUGGCUUCUCCCAGGGGUGGGUGGCGCCAUGGUCUAAACCACUGAGCCUCUUGGGCUUGCCGACCAGAAGGUUGGUGGUUUGAAUCCACGCGACGGGGUGAGCUCCCGUUGCUCUGUCCCAGCUCCUGCCAACCUAGCAUUUCAAAAGCACACUAGUGCAAGUAGAUAAAUAGGUGCCACUGUGGCAGGAAGGUAAAUGGUGUUUCUGUGCACUCUGGCGUCCAUCACAGUGUUCCAUUACGCCAGAAGCGAUUUAGUCAUGCUGGCCACAUGACCCGGAAAGCUGUCUGUGGUCAAACACCGGCUCCCUCGGUCUGAAAGUGAGAUGAGCACAGCAACCCCAGUCACCUCUGACUGGACUUAACUGUCCAGGGGUCCUUUACCUUUUACCUGUGACUACUCCUAAGGAGUCAUGGUAUGUGUAGUUGGUAAGAUGCCGAAAAGUCUGUUAGAUCCCUACUACAGAUAUGAUCACGCCUAGCUGAACUGGUUUAGAGAGAUGAUAAACCUGUGGCCCUCCAGCUGUUGGUUGGACUACAACUUCCAUCAUCCCUGACCACCGGCCAUGAUACCUGGAGCUGAUGGGAGUCAAGUAACAUCUUGAGGACCAUAGUUUUCCCAUCCCUGGUUUGCAGGUUCCCCAGGGCAGAGAGUCCAGCAUCUGAAUCUCUUUAACUCUGUGUGGCAUAAGAUAUGUCCAAAGAGAAGCACAGAGAAGGACGUCCUUCUCUGGAUCAACCUUCUAGGAUUCGCCCAACUUGGGGAGGAAGGCUGUGCCAAGCAGCCACUCAUACUUGGAGAUCUGUCUUGCAUCUUGCAGUCUAUCGAGCAACUAGAGAAGGAGAUGCUCAAUGGGCAGAAGCUGCAGGGCCCUCAGACAUCAGCAGAGCUGAACCACAUCCUGAAGAGCAAGAAUCUGGUCGACAAGUGAGUCCCGUGUGACCUUUUUUUUCUGUUUUGCUUGCCAUCAAUAUGUAUGCUGCAAUGGCACCCAUUGGAUUGGUGUAACAAUCGGCAAUGGGCUUGUUUCUAGGGCUGUAUGCAAAUUCUUGGAUUGGUUGAUGAACUGAUUACUCAAUCCACCAAUUCAAUAAAUUUGCAUGUUACCAAAAUCUAAGUAUGGGAGGUCUAUUUUGAGAUAAUAAAGAAAAUGUGAAUUGACUAUUUGAUAAACAAAAGCAACCACUUGUGGCUGAAAGUGCCAGCUUUAAUUUUCGUCUCUUUUGUUUGUUGCAGUGGCCCUUAACCCUCAUCAAUUAAAACUGGCUGUAUACAAAUAAAACUCUGCUCAGAAAUAAGUCCCACUGAGUUCAGAGGGGCUUGCUUUCAGUUAAGCGUGCAAAGGAUUGCAGCCUGAAGCUCACCACUCUAUUUAUUUGCACUUCCAGAAGUACAGGGCAACAACACACCCCUAAGACCUCAUGAAGUUCCAUAUUUUAUUUACAGGCAAAUCACUGGUCCCUCCAAUGCUCUUCCUAGUGUCACAGCAGGUUUCUCAAACUCGCCCUUUUGCAAGUUUUCAUUUUCCUAGCAAGCUUUGCUACCUGUGUGAGAGUUAAAUCUUAUUUACCGUCUUUUCUCCCCACUGCAGAUUCCCUCUUUUCACUGCUGUCUACGAGAUCUGCUACACUGGCAAACCUGUCUCCGACUUCAUCAAGUGCCUGCAAAACCAUCCUCAGCACUUUUGAUGGGCUUCCAGUCUUGCUCCUACAAAGAAAGGGGUUUGGGAGGACUUCCUGCUUCCCCACUGCCAUCCCAACAUGAGAAGAGGGACCCAACACAGAGCACGGGGCAAACAAGGGAGGACUCAUCAAAGAAUCAUAGAAUAGUGGAGUUGGAAGGGACACUAAGAGUCAUCUAGUCCAAACCCCAGCAAUGCAGGAAACACAGCUACAUAAUCCCAGACAGAUGGCCGUCCAACCUCUGUUUAAAAACCUCCGGUGAAGGAGAGUCCACCACCUUUUGAGGUGGUCCGUCCCACUGUCAAAACAACUCUAACCACCAUGAAGGUACUGGAUCAACUCUUUUGCCAGGGAGUUUCUGCCAUUUACCAAUCUCACCUUAAAUGGACAAAAGUUGCCUAUGUUGAGUCAGUCUCUUGUUUUGCUCUUCUUAGAUUCCAGAGCAUCCAACUUCUCAGCACACAUAGCAGGCAAAGCUUUGGCUUUUAUCUUUUCUCUUGAGGAGAGAGAGAGAGAAUUUCUUCUGCCUCUUCUCUGUCACAUUUCUCCGACUUGAUUUUGACUUCUCUGGGUUCAGGCUUGAACCCUGCCAGUUUUGCCUGCCUUAAGGGCUUGUUUAAAGUCAGUAACUGGGAGAGGGGACAGGAAGCAAAUUCCGAUUACAGGUAAACCACCAUUUAUGCACGUACAAUAUGUGUGUGGCUGUGCAUACAUGCGUCGCUUCAAACCCAGAAGUUACCUGAAAACAAUCACAAAAAGGGGACGAACAGGGUGUCUGCAGGCUUCUUCAAAUAUACGCAAUUUCACUUAAAUGAACGGUGCCUCGGAACAUAAGCCCUGCAUAAAUGGGGGGGUUGCCUGUAUUAUUAUUUUUUACUCCAUGCCUGGAACGCAAGGAACCCCAGGCAUGAUUUUAAAAUAGCUGCUAGGGUUCUCUCCCCAGACAAGGCUUGACCUCAGCAUCCCUGGUAUCCAUGGGAAUGGUAACUGUAGCCCUGAAUGUGAAUAUUUGUCUUUUUGAAAAACAAAUAUUAAAGUGAGAAACAAGAAAUAAUACAGA